GUGUGCGUCGCUGUAGGUUGCUCUCACUCCUGCGGACACAGCAGACACAUCAGUGUUAUCACCUUCCAGCACAACACGGGACAUCCCUGACAAUCAAGAACAAGCUGCAAAAUGUGUGGAAUCUGGGCCUUGUUUGGCAGUGAUGAGUGCCUGUCAGUUCAGUGCACCAGUGCCAUGAAGAUUGCUCACAGGGGCCCUGAUGCCUUCCGCUUUGAGAAUGUCAAUGGCUUCACUAGCUGCUGCUUUGGUUUCCACCGGCUGGCCAUUGUGGACCAGCUGUAUGGCAUGCAACCUUUACGAAUCAAGAAGUUUCCUUUCUUGUGGCUCUGCUACAACGGAGAAAUUUACAACCAUCACACGCUGAGGAAGCAGUUCGAGUUUGAUUAUCAGACCAGUGUGGACGGCGAGGUUUUGCUCCACCUGUAUGACCGCUUUGGCAUCCAGAAGAUGGCUUCUCUGCUGGAUGGGGUGUUUGCUUUCAUUCUGCUGGACACUGCCAACAGGAAAGUCUAUUUGGGACGGGAUACGUAUGGUGUGCGUCCUUUGUUCAAACUCCUCACAGAUGAUGGAUUCCUUGCAGUCUGCUCAGAGGCUAAAGGCCUUACAGACAUUACCCAUGCAAUGGCCACCCCUGCCAAAAUUGCUCCUUUUCUUCCUGGGCACUUUGAGGUCUUUGAUUUAAAGAAGAAUGGCAAAGUUGAAUCUAUUCAGAUGGAAGAGUUUCACUGCUGCACAAAGGAGCCUGCACAUGCCAUGUAUGACACUUUGGAGAGACUACCUACAAGCUUUGACGAGGAAACAGUGAAAAGCAACAUCAGAGCUCUGUUUGAGAAUGCUGUUAAAAAACGUCUAAUGGCUCAAAGGAGAAUUGGUUGUCUUUUGUCAGGUGGUCUGGACUCCAGUUUAGUCGCUGCUACACUGGUGAAACUGGCCAAAGAGGAGAAGCUGGAGUAUCCCAUCCAGACUUUUUCAAUUGGCUCAGAGGACAGCCCAGAUGUCUUAGCUGCUCGCAAGGUUGCAGCUCAUAUUGGCAGUGAACACCAUGAGGUCAACUUCACUGCAGAAGAAGGCAUCCAAGCAGUCGAGGAAGUGAUCUACCACUUGGAGACAUAUGACAUCACUACAAUACGUGCCUCUGUUGGGAUGUACUUGGUUUCAAAAUACAUCAAGCAGAAGUCAGACAGUGUGGUGAUCUUUUCUGGAGAGGGUUCUGAUGAGCUGACUCAGGGAUACAUUUACUUUCACAAGGCUCCAUCACCCAAAGUAGCAGCAGAAGACAGUGUUCGUCUGUUGAAGGAACUCUACCUGUUUGAUAAUCUCCGUGCUGAUCGCACCACUGCUGCACAUGGUCUGGAGCUCAGAGUGCCCUUCCUGGACCACAGAUUCACAGCAUACUACCUCUCCCUGCCUGACGAGAUGAAGAUUCCUCGGGAUGGAGUGGAAAAGUACCUUCUGAGGGACUCCUUCAAAGGUCUCAACUUGAUCCCUGAGGAGAUCCUGUGGAGGCGUAAAGAAGCCUUCAGUGAUGGUCUGACGUCUAUGAAGAAGUCCUGGUACACCUACCUGCAGGAACACCUACAAUCCAUGGUGAACGACGAUCAGAUGGAGAAGGCUCACAAGACGUAUCCUCACUUGCCUCCAUGCACCAAAGAGGCCUACUACUUCAGACAGGUGUUUGAAAAGUUCUAUCCAGGUCGGGCUGAGUGGCUCUCCCAUUACUGGAUGCCUCGCUGGACCAAUGCCACUGACCCCUCAGCCCGGACCCUGUCUAUCUAUAAACCAGAUAAAGACCAGUGAUGGACGGAAAUAGUUCAGUGUCUUAGUCUUCUGUCAGCUAAAGGAGGACCUUCUUUAUAUUCUCCAUGUUUAAUUGGAACUUACAAGAACAUUUUACUUUGUCUAAUUUAGCUCAUUUUCAGAUGCAGCUGUAUUUUUGUCACUCAUUUAAUUCUUUGGGGAUGUGUCAGCUUAGUAGCAAUUUGAAAGUCACAAGGUACGUGCUUAAGCCGACCCUGUAAUGUUUUUAUAUAAUUUAUUUUUAUCUGCUUGCUACAGGCUCUUUUAAACUUACCUCAUAAGCAUUUCUGUUUUCAAAAAAGAUCGGCCUGUUCAGCAUUUGCACUGCUGUACAUUGAAGUUAAAACCCUAUGUAGUAAAGAACGAGAAGAAAGAUAGAAGAUCUAAGGAAAUAGCACAAAAAGAGGCCUUGGGUGAGACAAGACAAUACUAAGCUGUUAAAUUAAAAUGAAAGCCAAUUUCAUGGUUCACAGUAGAUGUCACCUAAAACAUGUCUAAUGUCGAUAACGUUAAUUGAAAUAUUAAACUGAAUAUAUUUAUAUAUAUAAAUAAAUAAUACUUUUGAAAACCCACUUUAAGCAAGAAAACAGAGUGAUAAUAUAAAAAGUUAAAUAAAUACGGGUCAGAUAAAGAAAACAGAAUUGCUUUCUGGUAGAAGUACGCUUUAAGAAGGGACUUAAAAGAUGACUCAGGCAGGCUUAUUCCCGCCCCAGCUUUGGAAUAACUUCAUGAUUUUGAUCAGGAUCUGGUCUGAGUUGGUGAAGUAUUUUUGCAUUUACUCAAAUCAGAUUGAUGUUUCACAAAUCCCAAACUGUGUUAUAAACUAGUCUAGAUUUGACAAGUCUAGGAAUAGUGCCUUUCAUACACAAACUGGGACAAUAAGGUGUAGGUGGUUUUAGAUGGUUUGUAUUGUCACAAAUAAAAUAACGGUUUCCCAAAUUGGAAAGAGAAUUUAAGACAAUUGUGAUGCUUUAUCUGUAAUGUUGAACUUGAUUUCACUACAGUAAAUGCCGGAACUGUUUGCUCAGCACUGUAAUUCAAUUUCCCCCAUAAGCUUCCCCUUGACUGCAAAAUUGACAAUAAAAUUGAUGGAAAGGA